CUUCUCCAGAACUAUCCCUCUUCUUCUUCUCCACCUUCUUCUACACCAGAACGCUGUAUAUAACUAUUUUUUAUUUGAAAAUACGUAUUUAUAGAUAUAGUGAGAGAUAGAAAAAGGAGAGAGAGAGAGACAUUCUUGGACAUUUUUGAAGUCCAAGAAUGAAGAGUUCUUGGGUUCAGUUAGUUUUGAUCUUGAUUAUUGGGCUAUCGCCGUUGGGUUGUUUAGGGAUUCGGAUUCUUCCGGUGGAUAAUGGGGUCGGGUUCGGGUUCGGGUUCGCGGAAGCUCCAGCGUACCGGAACGGGGAGAGGUGUGCGGUGAAGGGAGAAACGGUGUCGUAUUGUUCACCGUCUUUGGUCCACGUGGCGAUGACCCUUGACUCGGAGUACCUGCGCGGGUCAAUGGCGGCGGUUCACUCCGUGCUCCGCCACGCGUCGUGCCCGGAGAGCGUCUUUUUCCAUUUCCUCGCCGCGGAGUUCGACCCGGCGAAUCCGCGGGUCCUGACCCGACUCGUUCAGUCCAUUUUCCCUUCGCUGAACUUUAAAGUUUAUAUCUUUAGAGAAGACACCGUGGCUAACCUAAUCUCGUCUUCGAUCCGGGUCGCCCUGGAGAACCCGUUGAAUUACGCCCGGAAUUAUCUGGGCGACCUGCUCGACCCGUGCGUGACCCGGGUUAUUUACCUCGACUCCGACGUGAUUCUCGUCGACGAUAUCCAGAAGCUCUGGAACGUCAAGCUAGCUCACUCCCGGGUCAUCGGGGCCCCGGAAUACUGCCACGCGAAUUUCACCAAAUACUUCACCGAAGAGUUCUGGUCCGACCCGAUUCUACCCCGGGUAUUCGGGUCCCGGAACCCCUGCUACUUCAACACCGGCGUGAUGGUGAUGGACCUCCGGGAAUGGCGGCGCGGGAAUUACAGGGAGAAGAUCGAGACGUGGAUGGAGAUCCAGAAGAAGAGGCGCGUGUACGAGCUGGGCUCUCUCCCGCCAUUUCUGCUGGUUUUUGGCGGGAAAAUCGAGCCGAUCGAUCACCGGUGGAACCAGCACGGCCUCGGCGGCGACAACGUGAGAGGCUCUUGCCGGAGCCUCCACCCCGGCCCGGUGAGCCUGCUGCAUUGGAGCGGGAAAGGCAAGCCAUGGACGAGGCUCGAUGAGAAGAAACCGUGUCCGUUGGAUUAUCUGUGGGGCCCCUACGAUCUGUAUCGACGGACCAACGUUAAGCUAUUCCAUCAUCAUCAACAACAACAACAACAACAUCCGUUUGUGUACUCCAAUUAUUUCAUUUGAUUUUUUUUUUUUACAAGGUGAUUUUUUAUAUUAUAUAUUAUAUAUGAUUCUUUGAUAUGGUUGUACAGAUUGAUUUGGAGGAAAAUAGAUAGAAAUAGGAGGGUUGUAGUUUAGUGAAUUUAUUUUGUUGGGGUUAAAAAUCAAAAUUCAUAUAUACAAUACAAUACAACUUCAUUUGUUUGUUAUGGUAUAUUCUUUACUAUAUUUAUCCUCUAACAACUCAUUUGAGUUGUAAAAUAUAAAGUCAGAGGUACAAUUAUGUA